AUGUUGCGAUUGUCGCGGCUCUUCCGGGAGAUGGCUCCGGAGCUGCAGUUGGAGUAUGUGCCGCUGCUCUUCACUAGGACCAUCCUCGGUCCGAGGGGCGGUUUUGCCGGCGAGGAGCGCCUCAUCAAGCUCGAGGUGGCGCGUAAAUACAUGGAGGACGGUUACGCGGUAGCGCCUACGGACGAGCUGCGGAAAGGAAUGUGGUGUUUCAACCCGGACACAAAUCAGUAUGAUAGCUUUAUUGAGCGCAAUGAGGAAUUUCUUGACUUCGCCGCGCGUAAGCGGCAAUGGCUCGAUGUGUACUGGCGGGUAAACACUGGGUACCUGCUCUUCGGGCGGCAAUCGUGGGGGCAGGGUUUCCUCAUUAACUGCCCGCUGCGCAAGCGGGAUGUGGCGCAGAAGCUGUGGGAGCAGUACAAGGUGCGCGUGGACCCGCGGCUCAUCGAGUUCCGCGAGAAGGACCGCCGCACGGGCAUACAAGAGCUAGGGCACAACUGGUGCUGGCUGUACCUGCCGGGGGCGGAGGAGUUGGGUAUUGACCGUGAGGUGUACGACAAUAAGCGGGUGAAGGUGAGAAUACAUGUCCGCAAAAUGACGUCAAUGUACGCCCUGUACUAA